AUGAGUGCACUGAGACUUAACAAUCCACAGUGUGGGCCUAUGCCUACCCAAUUUGCAUUGGGUUCAAAGUUUCUGAGCAUUCAAAUGCCAAAUCCUUCUGAGCAAAUUGUAGAUCAAUGGAUUAGCCUUGCUCGAAAAAAUGCGAUAUUGGAAGCUUGA